GCGCGUAUACAAACACUAUACAUAUCUACAGACUCCUCCAUCAUCUACGAACACUUUACAUCUUUUUUUCAAUCUCUUUACAACUGAAAUCACCAUUUUUCUUCUCUUCAAUCCAUGUAAAAUAUAUAUACUUAUUAUAUACUGCUUUUUCAUUUUCUUAUUCUAACCUCUGUGUCCACCCACUGUUCUGGGCCUCGCUGGUAUCUCUACUUUACUUUCUCUACACGAGGGGCUUUUCUCAUCUUCUGGCUUUUCUUUUUUCUUUUCCCUUUUGGGUCACCAUUUUUAUGGUUUCAUCUUCUGAACUACCAGCGAUUUUCCUCUUCACAAGUUCACCCACGAGAUGGAGAGAAGCUUCUCCCUCCCGUUUUUAUUUCUCGUAUUCUCUCUUCUUCUUCUUCUCUUUAGAUGUUCCUCAGCUCAAAUGCCAGGUUUUGUAAGUCUGGACUGCGGGGGAACAGUAACUUAUAUUGAUGAACUUGGACUUGAAUGGGUUCCUGAUGAUCAUCUUGUUUAUGGAGAAAAAGCCACAAUAUCUGUUUCUAAUGAGACAAGGAGGCAAUAUGUGACACUUAGACAUUUUCCUGCUGAUUCAAAGAAGUACUGCUACAAUUUUAAUGUCACCAGUAGGACUAGAUAUCUUGUGAGAGCAACAUUCUUGUAUGGUAAUUUUGACAACAAUAACGUUUAUCCCAAAUUUGAUAUUUCUCUUGGAGCUACUCACUGGUCCACUAUUGUCAUAUCGGAUGCUAAUUCUGUGGAGGUGCUAGAGCUAAUAUUCCUGGCUUCAAGUCCAACUAUCAGUGUGUGUUUAUCAAAUGCUACAAUUGGGCAACCAUUCAUAUCUACCCUUGAGCUCCGACAAUUCAAUGGUUCAAUUUAUUAUACUCCAUUUGAAGAUCGUUUUUUUCUCAGUGUCUCUGCAAGGAUUAAUUUCGGUGCCGAUUCUGAAGCUCCAAUCAGGUAUCCAGAUGAUCCAUUUGAUAGAAUAUGGGAGUCUGAUUCUAUAAAAAAGGCAAAUUACCUUGUUGAUGUUGCUGCUGGCACCAAGAAGGUGUCGACCAAAAUGCCUAUUAUUAUAAACAGUGAUGAUAGACCGCCUGAAAAGGUGAUGCAGACUGCUGUAGUUGGUACAAAUGGUUCACUAACUUAUCGGGUGAACUUGGAUGGUUUUCCUGGUUUUGGAUGGGCAUUCUCCUAUUUUGCAGAAAUAGAAGAUCUGGCUCCAGAUGAAUCCAGAAAAUUCAGGCUAGUUCUUCAGAAUGAUCCCGAAUAUAGUAAACCUAUUGUUAACAUUGAAGAAAAUGCUCAAGGGAAAUAUCGUGUCUAUGAGCCUGGGUAUCCCAACAUAUCCCUCCCCUUUGUAUUGUCAUUUAAAUUUGUGAAGACAUCUGAUUCUUCUAGGGGGCCGCUUCUGAAUGCUAUGGAGAUAAAUAAAUAUCUGGAGAAGAAUGAUGGUACUUUAGAUGGAAAUGUCAUUAAUGAUGUGGUAUUACUUUACUCGUCAUCAGAGUGGGCACAAGAGGGUGGUGACCCCUGUUUGCCAGUUCCAUGGUCAUGGGUGCAAUGCAACCAGGAUGAGCGGCCAAGGAUAGUUUCAAUCUUUUUGUCUUACAAAAAUUUGACAGGGAAUAUCCCUGCAGACUUUACAAAGUUGAGCGGUUUGGUUGAAAUAUGGCUUGAUGGGAAUUCACUGACCGGCCCAAUACCUGAUUUUACUGGAUGCCCCGAUGUGAAGAUCAUUCAUCUGGAGAACAAUCAGUUGACGGGUGAACUGCCUUCCUCUCUAUCGAAUCUACCAAAUUUGAGGGAACUUUAUGUGCAGAAUAAUAUGUUAUCUGGAACAGUACCAUCUGGUCUUCUCAGUAAAAACUUGGUUCUGAACUACUCUGGGAACAUUAACCUUCGUGAAGGUGGUGGAAGGGGGAAACACAUUGGUAUCAUCAUUGGCUCGUCAGUUGGAGCUGCUGUUCUGCUAAUAGCUACUAUUGCAUCUUGCAUAUUUAUGCGCAAAGGGAAGAGGAGAUAUAAUAAUCGGGAUGAACUUAGACAUUCCUUGCCAGUUCAAAGCCUAGCUUCUACCUUGAAUGACGCUCCUGCAGAAGCUGCACAUUGCUUCUCGCUGUAUGAGAUUGAAGAUGCUACAAAAUCUUUUGAGAAGAAAAUUGGUUCUGGAGGAUUUGGAGUCGUGUAUUAUGGAAAAAUGAAAGAUGAGAAGGAAAUUGCAGUGAAAGUUCUUACAAGUAAUUCUUACCAGGGAAAGCGGGAGUUUACUAAUGAGGUGACACUGCUUUCACGGAUACAUCAUAAGAACCUUGUUCAGUUUCUUGGAUACUGUCAAGAAGAAGGAAGAAGUAUACUUGUUUAUGAAUUCAUGCAUAAUGGGACUCUCAAAGAACAUCUUUAUGGUCCUUUAACACGUGAGCAGAGUAUCAACUGGAUUAAACGCCUUGAGAUUGCUGAAGAUGCUGCAAGAGGGAUUGAGUAUCUUCAUACGGGUUGUGUCCCAGCUAUUAUCCACAGGGAUCUAAAAACUAGUAAUAUUCUUCUUGACAAACAUAUGAGGGCAAAGGUUUCAGAUUUUGGUCUUUCAAAAUUUGCAGUAGAUGGGGCUUCCCAUGUAUCAAGCAUAGUUCGGGGUACUGUAGGAUAUUUGGACCCUGAGUAUUAUAUCUCACAGCAAUUAACAGACAAGAGUGAUGUGUACAGCUUUGGUGUUAUUCUUCUUGAGCUGAUGUCUGGUCAAGAAGCCAUAUCUAAUGAAAGCUUUGGCGUAAAUUGCCGCAACAUUGUCCAAUGGGCAAAGUUACAUAUUGAAAGUGGUGACAUACAGGGAAUAAUUGACCCUUCGUUACACGAUGAGUAUGAUAUCCAAUCCAUGUGGAAGAUAGCCGAGAAAGCCUUGAUGUGUGUUCAACCUCAUGGACACAUGCGUCCAUCAAUAUCUGAUGUUCUAAAGGAGAUCCAGGAUGCAAUCUCAAUUGAAAAGGAAGCCUUAGCUGCAAGAGAAGGUAACUCAGAUGAUAUGUCAAGGAAUUCUAUUCAUUCUUCACUCAACAUGGGUUCAUUGGAUUUGGUUGGAACUGAGAAUUACCUGUCGCUCGAUGAGUCUAUUGUCCGGCCAACUGCUCGAUAAGUUCUUUGCUCAACCUUUUUUUGGUUUCUAUCCUCCUAAACAUCACGUUCUGUUCAAAAGGGCAAAAUUGUUCUUCUCUUCU